GCGAUCGCUGGUGCACUGUGUCCCUGGGACACAGUGGAUCACCGGAACUGUCACGCUGACAGCUCGAGAGGAGAGCCGGUAAUCGGCAUUCCUCAGAGGGGACAUGUACACUGAUAAUCAGGGCACUGAUGAUCAGUGUGCCCUGAUGAUCAGUGUAGCCCCAGCAGUUCCACCUGUCAGUGUCCAUCAAUGCCACAUAUCAGUGCCUACCAGUGCACAUCAAUGCCACAUAUCAUUGCCCAUCUGAGCUGUCUUUCAGUGCCACCUAUCAAUGCCAGUCAGUGCUGCCAAUCAGUGCCGCCUAUCAGUGCCCAUCAGUGAUGCCUGUCAAUGCCCAUCAUUGC